AUGGGUCCUAAAACGAAAGAAGCAGCGAAGGAACAAAUAUGGCCGUACAAGGUGAUUCAUCGCAAAUUUUCAUGAAAAAAGGCUGAAAAACAUGUUCAGAUUACUAUCGGCAUCUGUGCGAUGAACCGAAAAGCGACGAGCAAGCCGAUGAGGACGAUUAUGAAAAAAGUUGUCGAAUAUUAUGGGGUUCGUUGUUCUUUUCCAAUUUUGCCACAUUUUCGCAUCAUAGACGACCAGGGAAACCUCCGUGUUUUUAUGGCCUAGAAAACUCUGGAUUUUUCUCGGCCACGGCCACAACUUUGACUUUAACCGCGCGCUGUUUCGUUUUUAGGACUCGGCGAUUCAGACAAACUCUAAAAAAGCACAUUUUUUUCGCCCAAAAACCGUGAAAACAUGCAGAUUUUUAGCACAAAACAAAACACUCUGAAAACGGAAUUUUUGCAGCAAUGGGUCGAUUUUUUCGUGUUCGAGGAGCACGUGAUCAUCAAUGAUCCCGUCGAGAAAUGGCCGCUCUGUCACUGUCUCAUCUCGUUCCAUUCCACCGAUUUUCCACUGGAAAAGGUACCGGCGUCGAUAUUUCUAUUUAAAGUCAUAAAGUCAUAAGAAAUUCAUUGCAUUUGUUUCUACAAAAAAAAAUGUCUGAAACGGAAAUUUUCAGGCGAUAGCCUACGUGAAACUGCGCAAUCCGUACAUUAUCAACGAUUUGGAUCGGCAAUAUGAUUUGGUAAUUGUUUUUUGGUUUCCUCAAAAUUCGAGUCCGUGACAAAAGGUCGGAAAACCAAAAAGGUCGGAAGACAAAAGGUCGGAAAGCCAAAAGGUCGGAAAAAAGUGACAAAAGGUCGGAAAAAAUGCCAAAAGGUCGGAUAAAAAUUACAAAAAGCCAGAAAGCAGGUAUUUUAGCAGUUUUUCCGACUUUUUGGCAUUUUUUUUCCGAUCUUUUGGCCUUUUUUUCCGACCUUUUGUCAUUUUUUUCCGAUUUUUUGUCACUUUUUUUCGACCUUUUUGGUUUUCCGACCUUUUGUCACGGACCCCAAAAUUCUGGCAAUGUCGCUCUAGAUAGAGCGCGAUUGCCAGACAGUUAGUUCACUGAAAUUUGUCCAAAUUCGUUUUCUGCAGCUGGACCGUCGGACAGUGUUCAAAAUACUGGAGGAGAACGGAAUAGAGCACCCGCGACACGGCUACGUGAUACGCGGACGGGCGAACGAGCCGGACACGGAGCUCGUCGAGCAUCCCGAUCACAUCGAGGUCAACGGCGAGGUGUUCAACAAACCGUUCGUCGAGAAACCGAUCAGUUCCGAGGAUCACAACGUCUACAUCUAUUAUCCGUCUUCUGUGGGCGGCGGAUCGCAACGACUCUUUCGAAAGGUAUCCAUUCUCGAAAAAAUUUUGUUUUUUACUGGAAAAUACCGGAAGAAAACUGACGCCACAGCAUUUUUCUAGUGAAUUUUUAAGGGGUUACAUCUCUGAAUUGAUUUUUUUGACGUACAAGCAAAAAUAUUGACUCGCAUCAAUAGAGAAUGACACAGAUAUAAUAGAUGACGCAACGCAUUGGCGAAAGUUCCAAAUAUGCCUAAAAAGAAUCAUUCAAAUGCGAAAACUGUCCUCCAAAAUAACCGUAUUGUUAGCGUAUAUUUUUUUUUUAAAUAACGCUAUUUCCUGUGAUAAAAAUGAUUGGUUUUGUCUGAAACAGUAAAAAAAAACGCUAAUAUCCCCCCCAAUUUACAACAAUCAACCGUUUUUCUCCUAGGGAACGAUGUCAAUCAAAGGCAAAAACGUCAAAUCGUGGCAUGUGAGUGUGUAGAAAAAUUGCAAAAUUGCAAAAUGUUCCCCUAACGGAUUUGCCGUGGCCUUCCGAAUUAACCCUCUGAUUUUCUGCCAAUAACUCCAGGCCCCGCCCCGUUUUCAUGCUCAAACUGUUUGCAAAUUUAUUUUUGCGCCACCAUUUUGUAGAUCAACAAUCGAAGCAGCUGGUACUCGCCAAAGUCGGAGGUACGCAAAGAGGGAUCGUACAUUUACGAGGAGUUCAUACCGGCCGAUGGGACCGACGUGAAAGUGUAUGCGGUCGGACCGUUCUACGCGCACGCAGAGGCCCGCAAAGCGCCCGGAUUGGAUGGAAAGGUAAAAAUGUUGCAGUUUCAGCGGAAACUAUUGAUUUUUUCAGUCUGCUAUACUUUUUAUUACUGUUCACGGCGACCAAAAACGUAGAAAGGGGCAUGGCCUAGCGUGCACGGUUUAUCACGAUUUUGGCGCGAAAUUCGAAAUUUAACCCCAUUUUUCAUGUUUUUCGUCAAAAAUUACCCAAAUUUUGGCCGAUUUCGACGAUGUAAUUGCAUAACUUUGUUAAACUAAUCAUCGCGCACUUUUUGAGCUUAAAACGAGCAGGUUUCAUUCAGAAAUGAAUCAAUUGAAUCGAUUUUAAGUUUUGUGCUGAAAAUGCGCGAAUUUCAGUCAUUCGCCGAUACUUUUUGCCGUUUGAACGCUUAAAAUACUUGUAUUAACGUGCUUAAUCACUUCCGACACUCACUUCGUCUCAAAACUAUCCAGAUCGGCCGGUAUGAAAAUUCCGAAAUUGCGGCGGCGAUUGGCCGCGGAGAGCGUAUUGCGAAAUAUGCCAAAAACGUCUCAAACGCGGCGUUUUCACGAAAAUUUCGAUGUUUUCUCUCUUUAAUGUCUUCUUUCGUCGAUAUCAAACACAAAAAUAUCGGAAAGGUGCUGGAAUUGCGGCAAUUUUCAGAAAACGCGUCUUAAAUUAGGCCACUCCCCUUUCUACACUUUUGGUCGCCGUGCUGUUCAGAAAAAAAAGAUUCGGUGAAAACUGUUUGGCUCGCCGCCAACUCCGAUUCGAAUGUCGAACCGUUUUUUUUUUCAACAGUAACAAGUUUGUCUUUAGAAUGCAAUUUUUCAAAUCUGCAGGUGGAGCGGGAUUCGGACGGAAAAGAGGUGCGGUAUCCGGUGAUUCUGAGCAACAAAGAGAAGGCGAUGGCGAAAAAGAUUGUGUUGGCGUUCGGACAGACCGUGUGCGGAUUCGACCUGCUGCGCGCGAACGGCAAAUCGUACGUGUGCGAUGUGAACGGAUUCUCGUUCGUCAAAACGUCCACCAAAUAUUAUGAGGUCAGCAAAAGAUUCGGGGGGUUUUUUUGCUGGAAAAUCCCAAUUGUUUGUAUAGGACACUGCAAAAAUUCUCGGCAACCAGAUCAUCCGUCACUACGCAAAGUCGAAAAACUGGCGCGUGCCGUCGGACAUGCCGCAGCCGCCGAUCCUCGACCUCGGACUCGGCGACGAUCCGCCGAUGAUCACGACGCCUUCGGGCAAGUUGAUGGAGCUGCGGUGCGUGGUGGCGGUCAUUCGGCACGGCGAUCGCACGCCCAAACAGAAAAUGAAGCUGGUGGUGACGGAUCAGCGCUUUUUCGAUUUAUUCGAGCGACACGACGGCUUCAAGAAGAACGAGAUUAAGAUGAAGAAACCGAAUCAGCUGAUGGAGGUGCUCGAAUUGGCCAGGGCGCUUGUCGCCGAGAAACAGGUACGGUUUCUGGAAUUUCGACGACUCAAACUUUGCAGGAUUGUUCGACUUGGAUUGAAGUACGUUGGGUCCAAGUUUCAGCCCGAUCGGAUCAUCUGGUCCCGAGAUAUUCCGACCAAUGAUCCACAUAUCUCGGGACCAGAUGAUCCGAUCGGGCUGAAACCUGGUCCCGGUAUGCUUCAAUCCAAGUCCAACAAUCCUACAAAGUUUGGCGCCGAUCGAAAUAUUUCAAAAGCCCAGCAAAGCCCGUGGCGGUCAAUUGCCCAGCCCUGAUUUCCGCUGUUCUCCCGCAAAUCGAAGAAAAAUCGAGAUUGAGCGGCCUAACUUUUGCAGCAAGACCGUCAUCGUCUUCUGGAAAAGCUGAAAGAUUUCUACGGCGGCUCCGACGAGGAGGAAUGUCACAAAUUGGAGCACGCGUUGGAGGUGUGCGAGGAGGAGAUGAAGAAGUGGGAACAGAUGCGGACGGUGCUCGAAAUGUACGAAUUGGGGUGACGAAACGGCAUGCGUCGGUCUGGGGGCGGCCAUUUGUGUAUAUAUAUAUAUAUGUAUGUAUAAUUUUGCAUGGAUAUUGUCUAGAAAAUGUGUAGAGAUUUUGUGGGAAAAUUGGCAAAAUUCUAACCGGUAGCUAGACGAAAACUAAUCACGUUUUUUUCGGUACACUAACUCUGUGAUGUACAUGUAAACCAAUGUUUGUCGGAAAAAUGAAUUCUUUGGCCUAUUUUUGCUCGAAGCAUGCAAUAUCACAGUGCACACAUAGAUUUUGGCCAUUUUUAGGUACGGACACUUUUCGGGCAUCAAUCGCAAAGUGCAAAUGAAGUAUUUGAAGGAGCGCGAAACGAAGACGUCCGACGAGGAGAUGAAGCGUCAGGAGGCGGCGCUGUUGCUCAUUUUGAAGUGGGGCGGAGAGCUCACGACUGCAGGUACGCCGCAACCGGCCAUUUCGCAACUGUAACCCGGCCCGUGAGUCGGAAAUGUCCAGAUUGCCUGGAGUGCCAUUAUGGCGCCGCAAUCUAGACAUUUCUGACGUUAGCCGGACUGUAAGGCUUCUUCAACAAAUUGAUGUCUGCAGGAAACAUGCAAGCGGAGGCGCUGGGCCGUCUCUUCCGAACUCUCUACCCGGGAAUCCGGCGGACCGACGGCAAAUCGUCGCCGGAAGACACGCAAGGCCUGGGAUUCCUCCGACUCCACUCCACCUACCGCCACGAUCUGAAGAUCUACGCGUCCGACGAGGGACGCGUCCAGACGACGGCCGCCGCGUUCGCAAAGGGAUUGCUCGCGUUGGAGGGCGAGUUGACGCCCAUCCUCAUGCAGGUACACUCCAAACGUUUCUUUCAUAGUUGUCACGGGACGCAGGCAAAAUGCAGAGUUGAGCGGAAGAACACGGAAGAAUUUUUAUCUUUUUUAGAAAAUGUUUUCAUGAAAUGUGAAAAAUUUUUUUACAAAAAUUUUUUUUGUCAAAAUUUUUUCAAAAAUUUUUUCUAAUUUUUUUCAAAUUUCAAAUUCAAAUUUCAAUUCAAAUUUUAAUUCAAAUUUCAAUUUUUCAAUUCAAAUUUCAAUUUUUCAAUUCAAAUUCAAUUCAAUUCAAUUCAAUUCAAUUCAAUUCAAUUUCAAUUCAAAUGUCAAUUCAAAUUUUUAAUUUUUCAAUUCAAAUUUCAAUUCAAAUUUCAAAAUUUUUCAAAUUUUUUUUCAAAUUUCAAAUUCAAAUUUUUUUUCAAAAAUUUUUUUCAAAAAUUUUUUUCAAGAAAAAUUUUUUUCAUGAAAUGUGAAAAAUUUUUUUCAUGAAAUGUGAUCAAGACGAAAGGAAUAACUUUUUUGUAUGAAAAGUUAAAUUUACAAAUAUUUUUCUAUGAGCAGACUUCACUUUGCUAUACAUUUCGUCAGUUGUGCACAUUCCAUGAAAAAAUUUUCUAAAAAAGAUAAAAAUUCUUCCGUGUUCUUCCCCUCAACUCUGCAGGCAAUGACGUUUUCUUCCACACAAGAACCAAACGGAAAAACGCGCGCAUAUUCCGUGAAAAUUGUUCACAGUUUCAACAUUUGAUCAUCUGAAAUUGAUGAAAUCGAAUUUUCACUCAUACUCUUUCGAAAGAAAUCUCUUUCAAACUCCUAAUUUUCAGAUGGUAAAAAGUGCGAACACGGACGGACUGCUCGAUGACGAUUGUCAGGCGAGACUCUACCAGACGGAGCUCAAACGAUAUCUGCACAAGGCUCUUCAGGUACGGAUUUUGUGUGCACGCUUCCGAUUGUGCUGUUUGUCCAAUUGUUUCGCAAUGCGACGUUUUGAAACCGCGUGAACUUUCACCGUGCAAUUUAUCGCUGAUGUCCCAAAUGAAAAGCGAUUUCAGGCCGACCGUGACUUCACCCCGCAGGACUAUUUGGAGCUGAACCCCGACGGUCUGCGUUCGAUCACGAAUGCAAUGGAAUUUAUCAAAAAUCCGCGCAAAAUGUGUCACGAAAUUGCCGGAUACGUGGAGAAAAUGUGCGGAGUCAUCAAGGAGUACUCGCAGACGAAGCCCGGUGGUACAAACGCGAAUCUUGAUGGAAAAUGUUGAGAACAUUUUCAGGAUCCACGCUGUACCUGCAGGAAUCGAUGGAUUUGGCGCAACGGCGAUGGAACAAAGAGUUGAGAGAGUUUAGACGGAAAAAUAAGCACGGAGAAGUGGAAUUUGACAUCUCGAAAAUACCCGAUAUUUACGAUAAUAUCAAGGUAAAAUCGGAACACUUUUUUUUUCUUCUGCUUCCUCACGGAAUUUCUCUGCAAUUGCGCUCUUUUGAGAGCAACUCGUUUUGCAGUUCAAAACUGAGAAUACGCGUUCUUCUCUUGCAAUCCACGGUCUCCCAGGGCGCUAAUGCUAAACACAGUGCGCUCGUAAAUUGCGGAGUGUCGUUGUAACUUUUGAAAAUUUGCACGUCUAAAAAUGCAGUUCAAUUCGAGUUUACGACCUUUAUUUCUUUCUUUUUGACUUGAAAAAUGUCUAGAAAACAAUAUUUUUUUUGAUUGGAAACCGUUCUUUACAGAAUUUAGAGUUUUUCAUGUUUUUAGCGUCUUUUUCGCAUUUCGUCAAAACUUCAAACCUUUAUAUUUCAGCUCAUUUUGCAUUUCAUGAGCCCAACGAACGAUAAAAAUGUUCGCUGAAUCUUUCUUCACAAAAUUCAGGUUCCGGCGGUUAGUUUUCUUGAGCAGUUUUCGAAAACUAUUCGAAAAACAUCAAAAUCCAGGCCAAAACCUUCAAAUCGAAAUAACUCGGCUAAUUCUCAACGAUAUGCGAGAUUUCUGUAACCAAAACGUAGCUAGUGCUCUAAUUAUUCGAAUACAAGUUCCACGCGUACAAAAAAUAGGUGUAUUGUACAGAAAACAUAGAAAGAACGCGAACUCCCGUUGAAAAUUAAUUAAUGGGCCGCCGCGUAAAUCGACACAGCCCGCCUGUUGCAAGUGCGCCCCAUUGAAAUCAUUCGCGCCGUGGGAGACCGUGCAAUCCUCUUAAUUGAGACCACAAAUUAUGCUCCCAAAGCGCCAAAUUCUAAACAAAUGUCCCCGAAUCCGCGAGCCUAUCGGGCAGAAAAAUCGAUAACCGCGUGUACUUGUCGUCGUCUCUUUUUGCUUUUUCUGGGAAAUGCAGACACUUUGGAGGCACACGAAUUCUCAAUCCCUUUUUUUUACAGUACGACAUGGAACACAAUCCGGAUUUGUGCAUAAACAACGAGGUGGAGUUUGAGCGAAUGUACCUGUGCGUCAAAAAUAUGGCCGAUAUUGUGGUGCCGCAAGAGUACGGCAUCAAGACGGAAAACAAAAUGGUGAUUGCGCAGCGAGUUUGUACGCCUUUGCUGCGCAAAAUCCGCAAUGAUCUGCAUCGGUGUCUGGAGAACAAGGAAUCCGAGGAGACGCAGACACGCCUCGAUCCCAGGGCUUCACAGGUGAAUUGAGGGCAGUGGGAGUUUCUAAUUGGAAAAUUGUGUUUUUUUAACGUUUCAAAGAUUAUAUAUAAUUUUUUGCUGAUUCUCAAACUCGGAAUCAAUCUUAAAAUGAACAUUUGUUGAGUGUGAGUUUGGCAAACUUGACCUAGAAAACUCCAUCGCAUCCUAGGCCAAGUUUGCCAAUUUUCGACUUUCGGCGUUUUUUCGAAAUCCGCGCCAAUCGCGUCAUGCAAUUACGGCGAUCAUUUUGAGUCCGUCUUCAAAUAUAAAAGUCUGCAAUUUUUCGCUACUUUUCAGGGCAUCGCGACUCCGUUCCGACACGUCCGAACACGGCUCUACUUCACGAGCGAGAGUCACAUUCACACGCUGAUGAACCUCAUCAGAUACGGCAAUUUGUGCUCGGUAAGUGCAACUGCGAUUUUUUUUCCCCAGAGAAACAUAGCAUUAUUUUGCAGGUGGACGACAAAAAGUGGCAGCGGGCGAUGAACUUCUUGUCGGGCGUCACCGAAUUCAACUACAUGACGCAGGUGGUGCUGAUGGUCUACGAGGACUCGCGCAAGGAUCAGGACACGCCGGAGAGCGGGCCCCGCUUCCACAUUGAGAUACUCUUCUCGCCGGGACUCUAUCCGUGCUUCCUGACCGAAAAAGAGCGCAUUUACGAGAGCCGAUUCAAGUAGGCGUCUUGGAAGUGAAACGCAAUGAGUGGAACGUUUUUCAGCCUGAGCAGCGGACCGAAACCAGCGACGUCGAGCCGAUCGUCUGGAGGCAGAGAUUCGAAAGACAAUAAUGAUUCGGUAGGUGAUCUGUCGUCGAGUUUUUUUCUCAAUUUUUCUCACAGGAACCCGUGCAAUCGGCCUCGAGCGCCGAGGCCCGCCGCCCGAGCCUCGAAAAAGUGGUUACUGUGGUGACGCCGACGCAAUUGGCCACGCCCACAACGACGCCGACCAACGACGACGUCUCGAUCAGCAGCAACGCCGAAUCGAUUGUCGCCGAGACGAACGGGUGAGAAAAAGUGUUGCGUUUUGACCAACACAAUCGCUUUUUUCUGCAAUCGCGCUCUAUCGCAACGCGGCCGCGUUUUUCAAAAAAGCACUCAUGUGGUUUGCGGUAGAGCGCGAUCGCAGUGUUAACUGCCGCCAUAAUCUCGAUAUUCUAAAGGUAAAUUUAGCGAUAAACGCACGGAAUUCGUUUUUGAAACUGUAAAAAUUGCCCUUUAUCUCAAUAGGCUGCUGAACACAACGACAAAAUCGCACGGCGACUCGGAAGACGAGCUGAACGACGUGGAAUCGGUGAAUUUGGUGGCGCUGGACGAGCUGAACAGCUCCAAUAAGAAUAGUGGGUUUCUGAACCAAUUGCUAUCCAUUUCUCCUCAUUUUUUUUCCGUGUCGUUUGCCGUGAUUUUCCGACGAUUUUUCAGUGGCCGACGAUCCGAAACAGGCAAAACGGCAGCGAAGUGUGACGGGCGCCGAAAAAUCGAUGGAGGUACCGGCUUUUUUCUGUCGAUUGAUAUAACUGCAUUUUCGUGUUUUUUUUUCUGUACAGGAAGGCGAUAAACCGCACGGAGAGUGGAAAGGAAACGGAGUGGCAAAAAGCGCCAGUCAGGUUGGUGGUCGACGCCUUUUUUUCUUUGUUACUGAAACAUUUCGAACUGUUUUCGGGGCGGGGGGUCAAUUAGAUUUACUCAUUCUAGUCGAGAAACGGGAAACAUGUUGAGACGUAGCUCCCCACUUUUUGUCGUGAAUUGUCGAAUUUUGCCGCUGAAGAUAUCGGUUGGAUCGAACGAGACGGAGUCGUGCUGCGAGAGCACGGAAACGGUGGGCGCCGGCAAGGGACAAUGGGUGAAGGAUCUGCUGGACCAGACGAAGCGCGCGAUGGCGAUGAACUCGAUCCGCGAGGUCGAGGUGCCGCCCGUCCAGGAGCCGCCCGAGCAACUGGAGCAGCAGGAACGCCUUUCACGAUGUGAGCAACCACUUUUCAUUUUUCCUCGGGGGCGCUUCUUUCAGUGUUUCUUUGAAGCUGCACGGCUGGGCAGAAGGCCGGCCGAGGCCUGGACUUUUGACCCGCGUGGAUCAGAGGCCGAAAAAAGCAGAGUUUGCCACGGGCCGGGCCGGGCCGAAAUUUUCAAAACUCCGGCCCGGCACGGUUCAAAAAGCGGGAAUCCAAAUUUUGAACUAUUGAUUAAAUAAAAUGUUUGUUUUUCGUAGAACUAACGAAUUUUGCAAGUAUCGAGCAUAAAAAAGAAAUGUAGUUCUCAAAAAUAGUUUUUAUUGGCAUCAAAUCAAAAGUAACAAUUAAAAAAGAAGAAAAUAAUAACGAUUUUCACACGCCGCAAUCCGAAAGUUGGAAAAAAAUGGCUAAAGAGCGCGCGCGACCGUAAUGUCGGAGUGUCGUAGUUUUUUUUUAAAUUUUGAUCCCCGCAAAAAAAACGAAAAAAUCGAUUUCCCCCAAAAAUUUGAAUUCGCGUCUUUUGAGCCGGGCCGACCGGCCCGUAAUUUGGCAAGUCUGGAAAAAAGCGUCUGAUCCACUCGGAACCAGAUGAUCCGAUGGGUCUGAAACUUGGACCCAACAAGUCCAAAACGCCUGCAAAGUUUGGGCCCAAUCGGAUCAUUGCAAGUGGGCCCAAAGUCCAGGCCUCAAAAAGCAACAAUUUGGGUCUCGAUGCGGAAAUCCAUUGAUCCAAAAGGUCCGUUUGUGGAUCUUUUGGACCAUUUGGGAAUGCGUGAACUGUGUCGAGACCCAAAACUUGGAAUUUCAUUUGUUUUCUCUUCUCAUCAUGGCAUGGUGUGGAAAUUUCCAAUUUUUCCCUCCCCCAAUUUUCCCAUUCUUUCCAAUUAAUAAUAAUCAAAUGUGUGCACAUUAGGCCAGCGCGGUUCGUUCCACGUCACCGAACCGACAAUAUCGCAUACACAAAACGACGAAAAAAGUGAGAAAUUAUUCGAUUUUUUGUCCGUUUACUUCUGAUUUUCAUUCAGUUCUCGUAUACUUAUUAGCUUUGUGCGUGUACCGUACCGUGUCUAUUGUGCAUGUCCUGGAGAGAAAAAAAAACAUUCAUUUCGGUUUUUCCUCUAAAUUCAACCAUUUUUUUUUGUCCUGUGUUGUUAUAUUGUCACACUUGUUUUUCUGGAUCCAGAAGAAAAUUACCAACGCACUUUUAGUUUGUCCCACUACUAGUAACCCGAUUCUUCAUUUAGUACAUAUAUAUAUAUACUUUUGUUAUAAACACUUGUAAUUCCUAUAAAUCUAGUUUUUUUUAGCCCGCCGCUACUUCCCCUAUCGAUUCAAACAUCACACGGCUCAAUUGCUUACUGGUUUGAGAGGUUUAACACUUUUUUCCAGGGCUCGGCAAAAAGCCGGCCCUUGUCCUGGACUUUUGACCGACUUGCAAUGAUCCGAUCGGGUCCAGACCUUGCAGGCUUCUUGGACUUGGUUGGGAGUAUAUUGGGUCCAAGUUUCAGAUGGAUCGGAUCAUCCAGCCCCGAAAUAUGUGGAUCAGAGACCGAAGAUGUCACAUCUUUCGUAAAAACCCGGGCAUCCGAUCCACCUGAAACUUGGUCCCAGUACACUUCAAUCCAAGCCCAACAAGCCUGCAAAGUUUGGGCCCGAUCGGAUCCUUGCAAGUGGGUCAGAAGUCCCGCCGAACCAUUGUUUUGCAGGAAUGAGCGGAGGCGUCCAAAUGCAAAACCGUCUCAUCAGUACGGAUGUGUUGAUGGGCAAAUUCGGAGAUCACGAUAGCAAGAAGAAUUCGCGAAAAGGUAGAAUUUUGGAUUUCUAGGCCACCGAAAAGUUGGGUCAUCACUAGAUUUGAAUGAUUUCGGGUUUCUAGGCCAGCAAGCACUUUUUGAAAUUGUUUAGGUGGAAAAAUUUUAUUUUCCUGUCAAAAAACAACUAAUUUGAGUCGAAUUAAAGUUGUAGACUUUGGCGCCGGCACCGCCGUGCUCUCCACGGCCGUCAUCGCCCGUUCCUCGUCGGCCCCGCGCCUCAUGACCUACGAAUCCGAUGAUUUCGCCGUCGGAGGUGAGUGAACAGUUUUAGGAACCAUUUUCGUAACAAACGGCACGAGACUAUGUGAAAAACAUGUUUUUUUCCGUUCAAUUCUAUGAAGGAUUUGUAAAAAUACCGAUUUCCAACGCAAAAAUGUCUGUUCUCGUUCUGCAGAAAUCAAGCGCUUCUGGCCGCCACUUCGCUCGCUCGAAACUCUCCACGACUCGAUCAACCUGUCGCAAUUCGACGGAUUCCUCGAACGGCUCAUCAAAGGAGCCCUCACGCCGCUGCCCUCUCCGCCCAAAACUCCUCUUCCGUCGGCGCUCUCGUGCGACGCACUCAACAAAACGCCCACGCAGGACGAGGUCGAAAAAGUGAUCGGAAAGCUGGCCGACGAACAGUGA